CGUCAGUCAGGCAACGGGAGCCGCCGGGAGCGGAUGGCGGCCGUGGUAGCGGCCCCACUCGCCGCCGGGAGUGAGGACUCGGCGCCCACAACUUCCUUUCCCGGGACUCUGGGUCUGCCGGGGAGCCGCAGUGCCGAGCGAGCCCUAGAGGAGGCCGUAGCCACCGGGACCCUGAACCUGUCCAACCGGCGCUUGAAGCACUUCCCCCGGGGCGCGGCCCGCAGCUACGACCUGUCAGACAUCACCCAGGCCGACCUGUCCCGGAACCGGUUCCCCGAGGUGCCCGAGGCUGCGUGCCAGCUGGUGUCGCUGGAGGGCCUGAGCCUCUACCACAACUGUCUGCGGUGCCUGAACCCAGCCUUGGGGAACCUCACGGCCCUCACCUACCUCAACCUCAGCCGAAACCAGCUGUCGACGUUGCCCCCCUACAUCUGCCAGCUGCCCCUGCGUGUGCUCAUCAUCAGCAACAACAGGCUGGCUGUCCUGCCCCCUGACAUCAGCGCCUUGGGGAGCCUUCGGCAGCUUGACGUGAGCAGCAAUGAGCUGCAGGCUCUCCCAACAGAACUGUGUAGCCUCCCGGGGCUUCGGGACCUCAAUGUGCGCCGGAACCAGCUGGGAGCCCUGCCCGAUGAGCUGGGGGGCCUCCCUCUGGUCCGCCUGGAUUUCUCCUGUAACCGCGUGUCCCGCCUUCCACUCUCCUUCUGCCGCCUCCGCCACCUGCAGGUCCUCCUCCUGGACAGCAACCCCCUGCAGAGUCCCCCUGCCCAGGUCUGUCUGAAGGGGAAGCUCCACAUCUUCAAGUACCUGACCACAGAGGCAGGCCGGCGUGGGGGCGCGGCUCUGGGAGACCUGGUCCCUUCCCGCCCCCCAAGUUUCAGCCCCUGCCCUGCCGAGGAGCUGUUUCCGGGCCGGCAGCACGACUCGGGGCUGGACUCCGGCUUCCAUAGUGUAGACAGUGGCAGCAAGAGAUGGUCUGGGAAUGAGUCGGCUGAUGACUUCUCCGAGCUCUCCUUCCGGAUCUCUGAGCUGGCCCGUGAGCCCCGGGGUCCCAGAGAGCGAAGGGAGGACGGCGCUGCUGACGGAGACCCUGAGCAGGCGGACUUCAGUGACAGCCGCAGUACCACAGAGGUCGAGGAGCCAGAGGCCAACACUGCGGAGGAGCAGCAGUCCCCCAAAUCCAGACCUGCCACAGGGGAUGGGGAGAGGGUCCCAAGCAGCAGGAGGGAGGAGCCUGCGGGGGAGGAGCGGCGUCGCCCCGACACCCUGCAGCUGUGGCAGGAGCGGGAGCGGCGGCAACAGCAGCAGCAGCAGAGUGGAUUGUGGGGGGCUCCCAAGAAGGACAGUUUUCUGAAGUCCGGGACCAGACCUGUGGGUGGGGGCAUACCCACCUCGUGCACCCAGGCCACUUACAAUGGCACAACCAAGUCUCAUGCCACCCACCUGGGAGGUUCCGGGGUGCAGGGAAGCCCCGGUCCCACUCACGCCCCCCAGGAGCCCUCUCCUCCAGCUGGGCCAGCUGCUGCGCCUGUUCCCCAGCCGCUGGGCUCCAUUCAGAGACCAAGCAGCUUUCUCUUCCGGUCCAGCUCCCAGAGCAGCUCAGGUCCUUCCUCUCCAGAUGCGGCCCUGAGGACUCGGCGGGCCCCCCAGCUGGUAGACAACAGGGAGCUCAUGGCUCAGCUGCGUCAGGUUCUCGAGUCUCGGCUGCAGCGGCCCCUGCCUGAGGACCUGGCUGAGGCACUGGCCAGCGGGGUGGUGCUGUGCCAACUGGCCAACCAGCUCCGGCCGCGCUCUGUGCCCUUCAUCCACGUGCCCUCACCUGCUGUGCCAAAACUCAGCGCCCUCAAGUCCCGGAAAAAUGUGGAGAGUUUCUUGGAAGCCUGUCGAAAGAUGGGGGUGCCUGAGGCCGACCUGUGCUCACCCUCAGAUCUCCUCCAGGGCACCGCCCAGGGGCUGUGGACCACCCUGGAGGCUGUGAGGCGGGCAGGGGCCAGGGCGCCCUCACCCCUCCGGGCCCCUUCUGGUCUGGGCGGCUUCAUCUUCUUCUACACGGCCCUCAUGCUGCUGCUGUAUGUCGUCUACACUCGACUCCUGGGUCCCUAGGACAUAGCCUCCCCGCCCUGGCCCGUGCCCCCUUUCUAUUUAUAAGGUUCCAGGCCAGCCCCUUCCCAACUCCACCCGUGGUGCCUUCAGCCCCGACCAAAGACACUAGUGAGGCCCCACACACACUGACCUCAGAGGCCCCACUUGGUGCCCCCCAGCCUCUACCCCUUCCUGUUUAGCCUCCACGCCCACCUCUCAGUGCUGAGGUGCCUUCACGCUCCUGCCAGCUCCCUGCUCCCAUGUUCCCCGAGCAGGGCCUUAACCUUCCCCUUGCUCCCUCCCCCACUCUCGGGGGCUAAAUUAUCUAUAUUUUGUAGAGAGACUCUAUAUUUGUAGGGGAUUCAGGGCUCAGGCCCUCUGCUGACUUGUAUAAAUUGUACAGCCCGUGAA